AAUAACAGAGUAAAAUACCAGUUUUAGUCAUUAGAGGAGGCGAACGGAGAACCGAUCGGAAAGUGAUGUCAAAAGUAGUGCUAAACUCAAAGUCGAGCCCAAAGUGGAGGACGAGUCGGAAGAGACGGCUAAUGGAGACAAGAAGACUGUCACCAAACGGGAACCGCUUUCGCUCGAAGAACUGAAGGCCAAAAUGGAUGCCGAAGAGAAGGCGAAGUCUAAACCAGUGUUUCUGACGAAAGCCCAAAGGGCUGAAGAGGCCAUCAAACGGAGACAACAAGAAGUCGACGAACAGAAGAAACGGAUGGAAAUGGAGAGGAAGAAGAGGUUGCAGUUCAUCGAUGAGGCGAAGAAGACAUCCAGAGAUGACAGGGAUAGGGAUAGAGAUCGCGGCCGCGAUCGGCGCCACGACAGGGAGCGCGAGAGAGACAGAGACCGCGAUCGCGACCGCAGAGACGACAAACACAAACCCGAAGACUUCCUGCUGCACUUGCUAUUCUCGUGGCUUUUCGAAUUCCUCUUUCUCACGCUUCGAGUGCGUCGACUGAAUGAACGCAAGUUUGUGUUUGAUUGGGACGCGGGAGAGGACACGUCCAACGACUACAACGUGCUCUAUAAGGACAGACACACCAUACAGUUCUACGGGAGGGGACACGUGGCCGGCAUCGACAUCAAGUCCCAGAAGAAGGAACAGUCGAAGUUCUACGGAGAGCUUCUCGAGAAGAGACGGACCAAUGCCGAGAAGGAACAGGAGAUCGUUCGGCUCAAGAAAGUGCAGAACAAAGAGGACAAAGUGAAAUGGGAUGAAAGGCAUUGGACUCAGAAGUCGUUGACCGAAAUGACUGAAAGGGAUUGGCGUAUAUUCAGAGAGGACUACAACAUCGCCAUCAAAGGCGGCAGAAUUCCCAACCCAUUGAGGAGUUGGGCCGAAGCGGGUCUUAACAAAUCCAUUCUCGAUAUCAUCGACGGAUGCGGUUAUAAAGAGCCGACGCCUAUCCAGAGACAGGCCAUCACUAUUGGCCUUCAGAAUCGCGACAUCAUUGGUGUCGCUGAGACCGGCUCUGGAAAGACAUUAGCAUUUUUGAUACCACUUUUGGUAUGGAUCACAUCAUUGCCAAAGAUAGAGAGACAGGAGGACAUAGAUCAGGGCCCAUACGCUAUCAUAAUGGCGCCGACCAGAGAGUUGGCCCAACAGAUCGAGGAGGAGACCAUCAAGUUUGCGGCGGCGCUCGACAUACGCACCGUCGCUGUGAUCGGAGGCAUAUCGCGCGAAGACCAGGGCUUCAAACUAAGGCUCGGUGUGGAGAUUGUGAUCGCAACGCCCGGCCGUCUCAUCGACGUGUUGGAGAACCGGUAUUUAGUGCUCUCGCGCUGUACUUACAUCGUGUUGGACGAAGCGGACCGUAUGAUCGACAUGGGCUUCGAGCCCGACAUACAGAAGAUCCUCGAGUAUAUGCCCGUCACUAACAUCAAGCCCGACACCGAUGAGGCCGAAGACGAACAGAAACUGAUGGCUAAUUAUAAGUCAAAACAUAAGUACAGACAGACUGUUAUGUUUACGGCAACAAUGCCUCCGGCGAUCGAAAGACUGGCGCGAACUUAUUUGCGACGUCCGGCCAACGUAUACAUCGGUUCGGCGGGCAAACCGACCGAACGAACGGAACAAACCGUUUAUAUCUGUUCGGAGAACGAGAAGCGCAAGAAACUGAUGACCAUUUUGGAGGCCGGAGUCGAACCGCCGGUCAUUAUAUUCGUGAACCAGAAGAAAGGCGCAGACGUUUUGGCUAAAAGUCUCGACAAAUUGGGUUUCUCUUCCUGUACUCUUCACGGAGGCAAAGGUCAGGAGCAGAGAGAGUACGCUUUGGCCAGUCUUAAGACCGGAGCCAAAGACAUUCUGGUGGCCACUGAUGUCGCCGGUCGUGNUUUGGCCAGUCUUAAGACCGGAGCCAAAGACAUUCUGGUGGCCACUGAUGUCGCCGGUCGUGGUAUUGACAUCAAGAAUGUCUCACUUGUUAUCAAUUACGAUAUGGCGAAGUCUAUUGAAGAUUAUACGCAUAGGAUUGGUCGGACGGGUAGAGCGGGAAAGACAGGUCAAGCCAUCUCUUUCCUCACUAAAGAUGAUUCGCAUCUAUUCUACGAUUUGAAGGCACUGUUGAUGUCAUCGCCGGUCUCUACGUGUCCGCCAGAGUUGGCCAAUCAUCCCGAGUCUCAACACAAACCCGGAACUGUUGUGCAGAAGAAACGCAAAGACGAGACUAUAUUUGUCUGA